AUGUGACGUCUUUGGAAAGCGUCGCUUUUCGGGAACCACAUGUCCCGGCGCUCCCCGCGGGGGGGGGUCAAAGAUGAAGCGCAAGAUGGCGGCGGACGCGGAGCAUGGGCCGCUGGAGGAGGCGGUGGAAGAGCCGCGGAGCUUCAAGGACCUGGGAGUAACAGAUGUGCUGUGUGAAACUUGUGACCAGUUGGGAUGGAAGACACCAACUAAAAUUCAAGUUGAGGCUAUUCCUGUGGCUCUCCAAGGCCGGGAUAUCAUCGGGCUGGCAGAGACAGGCUCUGGCAAAACAGGGGCCUUUGCUUUGCCCAUCCUGCAGACACUGCUGGAAACACCCCAACGCUUCUUUGCUCUUGUCCUCACACCAACCCGAGAGCUCGCCUUCCAGAUCUCGGAGCAGUUUGAAGCUCUUGGAUCCUCCAUUGGCGUCCAAAGUGCGGUUAUUGUAGGUGGAAUUGACAUGAUGUCACAGGCUCUGACCUUAGCCAAGAAGCCACAUGUUAUAAUUGCAACACCUGGCCGCCUGAUUGACCAUCUGGAAAACACAAAAGGUUUCAACUUGCGAGCUCUUAAGUACCUGGUUAUGGAUGAAGCUGACCGGAUCCUCAACAUGGAUUUUGAGACCGAGGUGGAUAAGAUCCUAAAAGUGAUUCCCCGAGACAGGAAGACAUUCCUCUUUUCUGCCACCAUGACCAAGAAGGUGCAAAAGCUUCAGCGUGCUGCACUGAAGGACCCUGUUAAAUGUGCUGUUUCCUCCAAAUAUCAGACAGUUGAAAAACUGCAGCAGCAUUAUAUUUUCAUCCCCUCCAAAUUCAAGGACAGUUACCUGGUUUAUAUCCUGAAUGAACUGGCUGGGAACUCCUUCAUGAUAUUCUGCAGUACCUGCAACAACACUCAAAGGACAGCUCUCCUGCUCCGCAACUUGGGUUUCACUGCCAUACCCCUCCAUGGACAGAUGAGUCAGAAUAAGCGACUGGGAUCCCUGAACAAGUUCAAGGCAAAGGCCCGUUCCAUUCUGCUGGCUACAGAUGUUGCAAGCAGAGGUCUGGACAUCCCACAUGUGGAUGUGGUGAUAAAUUUUGAUAUUCCCACACAUUCCAAGGAUUACAUUCACCGGGUGGGGAGGACGGCUCGAGCUGGACGGUCUGGCAAAUCCAUCACCUUUGUCACUCAGUAUGAUGUGGAACUAUUCCAGCGCAUUGAGCACCUCAUUGGCAAGAAGCUGCCUGUAUUCCCCACACAGGAGGAGGAGGUCAUGAUGCUAACGGAGCGUGUGGCUGAAGCCCAGAGAUUUGCUCGUAUGGAGUUGCGGGAGCAGGGAGAGAAAAAGAAGCGAUCCCGGGAUGAGGCCAAUGAUGACGAUGACACAGAGGGAGCUACAGGUGUCAGGAACAAGGUGGCUGGUGGGAAAAUGAAGAAAAGGAAAGCCCGUUAGCCAGAUACUUAGACUUCUGUCCCCUUUGAGUUUACAUGGGCUGGGGCAGUACCUACCACACAGUAUUUCCAUCAAACCUGAAGCCUCCAGAACUACACUUGUAAAUGGCAGGCCAGUUGGAAAGAAAUUUUCCAUCAUGUCUGCGUCUCCAGCACCGUCUUCAGUCAUAGGGUGAACCUGCACCCUGGUAGUAUACUGGAACCCGUCCUCCUACUCAGGGUUGGUAUCUGUUCUAAUGCUGGGCUGUAAGCGGGAGUCGUCUCCUGCAGCUGGACUGUCCCCUGGACCUGGAAGCAACAGUCUCCUGGCAAAACCCAUUUUUAUAGGGAUUAAAUGGGAAGUGUUGGCCUAUGGAUACCUUUUCCCCCAAUCAUGCUGCAGCCUAUCAUCACUCACCAUCCAAACCUCAACGAGUGCCUCUUUAUAAGACAAUUGGAAGGAAGAAGAAAACUGAGAAGCACCUUAAAUUUUUCAGAGUAUGCAUAUGACGCUCCAGGAUGGGAUUCUUGCCUUGAACAGAGACACUCCUGCUGGGGCAAAAACUCCAAAUAUAUUUUGCUUAACCACAAAUCAAUUUGCUUUUCUGUGUAUUCUAACUUAUUGUGCCACUUCUGCUAACUUUCAAAGUUAUCUGUUUUAAGGGGUUUCCCUCCCAUGUAGGUCAACAUCAUCUCCACCUAUCACCAUGCUUUCUGUGACAGCUGUCUGAUGUCCCAGACAUUGCAGUGACUUCAUAUAGUCUACUCCCGCUGGAGGAGAAAUGCCAAGAAAAUAGAGAGGCAUGGGCAGAUUUAUGUAUAUGGCUUUCUAUGCUCCCACUAGUAGUCACUGACUCCUGUAGUACCUAAGAGCCAACACGAGGGGGCAGUGUUACACAGUCAAGCAGCGAAGCCCUUUAUGCUGGAGGAACAGUAAUAGAUUAUCAGAUGUUCUAUUUCUGGCUUUUCCUCUUUAUCCCAGUACUGCUUUCUUUGUGUAUUGCUUCUGAGCUUAGUAGACUAUAAGAAGUAAGAGAACCUCUGUGUAAAAAGUGGAAGAAAGAAUUCAACUCCCUUUUCAAUACACCAGCAGUCUGGUUCUAAUUCCUACCGGUAGUAAACCAAUGCUAAUAUGAGCUGAAAGGGUGCUCUUCAGUUACUUUCUAAAACAUGCCACCUCCUCAGGCAACUGAAUAAUUUUGCUGUCUGGGUGGUUUACAAAGUGUCUGUUAGAGCUGGUCAGAAACAAGAAUUUCCGUUCCCUAGAAAUCCACAUAUAUGGAGGAAGGGGUUCUGAAUGGGAAGGAAAAACCAAAAUUUUGACAUUUAAAAAUUCUGAAAAACUGAUUCAGGGCCAGUUUGUUAAUGUCAAAACAUUAAAUAUUAAAUGCAAUAUAUAAAAGUCAGGAAUAGUUAAGGUAAAAGUGUUUAUCAAAAGCAAGUGUUCUAACUUUCUUGUGAACGUUCAUCAAGAUUAAACACAUUCCUGCAAAAUUUCAGUUUACAAUAAAUAGCAUUUUCCAAUAA